AUGGUCAAGAAGGAGCUCCUCAAGGCCGAGUUCGACUUUGACUCUUUCGACGAGCUGACCGAGGAGGAGGUCAAGUCACCCAAGAAGGCCAAGAAGGAGGCCAAGGCCGAGGGAACGCCUUCCCCCAACAGCAAGACGAAGCGCCCUCGUGGUGCUGGAGCUCGUAGCGGAUGGACGCGAGAGGAGGAAGAAGCCUUCAUGGAGUUCGUUCACAACCUCGUCACGGCCAACGCCAGCCAGGCGGUCAAGGAGCAUCCCAUUCUCGCCGCUAGGAAAUCCGACGGCUGCGCAAAGCACUGGAUCGCCUGGCGUCGCAAGCUCGAGACUUCGAUCCUGGGCGCUCCCACCAUCGACGGCAACGGCAAGAAGAUCGUCAAGCCCGACGCUGCUAAGGACGAUUCGGCCUAG